AUGCCUUUUUCGGUGAACUAUGUGCUAGUGGCGGUCAUAGCCAUCACUUGGCUUAUCUGUCAAAUAUAUAGUCUCGAUGAUUUUAUGUUUAACCUUACUUUGAUGCCAAUGCAGUUGCAUGUUUGGGCAAUAUUUUUGUACGUCACAGUGGAGCCGAAUCUGUUGAUCGCGCUCAUUUCGAUUGUGGUUCUCCUUAAGUGCGGCAUUGUGCUAGAAAAGGUUAUGAACAACAGGGUGGCCUAUGCGACGUUUCUCGCGUUAUCAGCCCUUUGGACUGCCUGCGCUUUGUUCGUCAUCGAGCUAACGUUAAGUGUGAUCUGCGGGACAAGCCGUCGCAUGUACUACGGAGUUUGGCCAGUACUGGAAGCAAUUCUUAUUGCUCAAUGCAAAAUCGAUGGAUCAGCAUCGAUGGGAUUACAAAAGUCGCCAUACGGAGUGACGAAUGACGACACAGCAUACAAUCUUGACACUGGUCGAAGGGAAAGUGUGCAGGCCAAGUGGUCCCUUCGAAGAAAUAAAUUUCGUGUGCAGCACCUGCCGCAGGCUGUUGUGUUUCUCGCUCUUAUCAAGGACAUCGUCUACUUAGUGUUAGGGGCUAGGGGCUCUGCGGAGAGCAAUAAUGAUGGUGCAACCAGCACUAUCCCUAAACACACACACGGCAGUUCUACGUUGUUAUCACUAUGCAGUAUGUGGCUUGCCUGGGUGUAUCUGCGGCAUGUACAGCACCAGAUAAAUUUCCCCUUUGACGCAUUGGUAUAUCCGGUCUCACUACGCCGCGUGGUGUGGCGGCUUGGAAACUUGUGCUCGCGUGCCGUGCGCUCAAUCUAUUCGGUUCUUUGGUCAACAUCUGGUAAUGGCAAGGUAGAAAACAUGCUUUCUAUUGUUAGCAACGAAAACACAUCAACUGAAAAUGUAACCCUGCUGCCCGGUUCUACAGUCGAGGAAGCAGAGCGGCGGCGCGCUGCUGCUCUCGCAGCGCUGUCGACUCGCCUUCAGCAAGUGCGUGUCAGCAAGGAUGAAGCAAAUGAAAUGUGAGAAAAUGGAAUACGUGAACAAAUUUGGAGGUGCAUAUGUCUCUCUUUUCAUAUCCUUUUCUCUCUCCCCGUCCCCACAGGUGGGUACGUACGGCAACCAUGUGCGCUAUGAAUGGAAUGGAUGAGAUAGUGACAUGAGCAAGGUGUGACGACGUGGCACGUGAGAGUAUUCAGGAGAAUAAGCAAGAUAAAGUGAAGAAAGAUAUCGGUAUAUAUAGUUUUACAUCAGGGUAACGCUUUCACAUGCAUUCUCGCACUCCUGUUUUCUGGUUUCAAGGGCGUAUCGUAACAUAGUACAGGACUAAGAAACUGGAACACGAGUAUGGGCGCCUUACUUUUCUAUUUUGUCACCGUGCAUGGAAGCGCAGCGUCCCCUCAAAGUUAUUGACAGUAUGUACCCUAAAAAACUAAAGCUUCAACAAUAUCAUUAGUCCAUCUCUGUUCAAUACUUCGUCACGUAGGAUCAAGUAACUAGAGGCAUGUCAUUAUGUUAACAGUUCGAUAUUGCAACACACUACAAAGUUGACGAUGCGACGACGGUAGCUGCUAAGACAACAAACCCCCUUCGAUAUCAGCAGCAAAAUGUCUCGGCGAUGUGCCACAAAACAAGCUUCCAUUCGACGCCAAAGAUAAGGUUCUGGCCUCUAGGGCAGGAUUAGUGUAUGUCUAUCUUCACUGAACAAGAUUGCUGUACUGGCUUCUUUAUAGCUUUCUAUCAACAUCACGAGUCAAGUCGUCCCUCAUACAUUAAAAGGAAGUGCCGCAGAGGCGGCGGCGCAACAAAACACCUUCACCCAUGAGCAUCAUAUGUUUCAGCGAAAUCCCUUAUUCGAGUAGAAAUUGAUGCCCCCGCCGAAGCAAAUUAGAACGGUGAUGGGCAGUUGCUUGGAAGUACCGUUGCUUCGGUGUUCGGCUUUGUCCUCCUCGCGCUUUGCUGUCUCUUUUACAUAGUUACUCUUUGUGUCAUUAUUAUUUCCAAUGUAGGAUCAAUAUUUACUCUAGUUACUGGUAACUUCUCUCACACAAUAGAGAGUGCGAUGUCCUUGAGAACUAUUACCAUCAAGUUGCUGAACAUAAUCUUCUUGGUAGUGAUGCGGAUACAGUGCAUGAAAAACUGCGUGUGCCUCGGAUGACCAUCGACGAUGGGAUCAUUCUGUGGGAAAAAAUGUCGUUAAUUACGUCAGGUCCACGUUUGAAUUAUGCUAGAACAGUAUUUUCAUGACUGCUUUUAAAGGGGACACAAACUUCACGUUAGAGGCUAUUGCCUCAAAAGACACUGAGGAGCGCCUGCUAAGGCUUCUACGUGGGUUUUUAUGUGUUGUUUACCCACCGCUUCUAAGAGGCAGUAGCUUAUAUUAUAGUGGUAGCUUGGCUCAGAUAUAGCCACAGCUGAGAAUUUGUUGGCCACAAGUAAUGGUCUUACACCUAAAAACACGAAGUGCAUCAGUUUUAAUGAGCCUACCUGCUCGACAUCGCUACCCUAGGGUUGUGUAUGUGUUGGAGCGGCAUUGUUCCUCCGUCCACACCGCUUGUAUAGGUUCCGCCGCCCCUCAUGAUGUGGCUUGUAGUACAUCAUCUGAACGACCCCGCGUGGCGGCAUGGAGCGGAACGAUCACACCGUUGUUUAGAUUUCCUUUUUAUUGUACGUGCGUCUCGAUGUCUCUGGCACAUGGGUGCGCACUAGGUUGAAUUACCUUUUUAUCCAUUUUAACCAGACUUGGAGUGAUCCACAACGAGCGUUCUUUAUACCCUUGUGUAUGACACCGUGCCCUGGCCCUUGCACGUAGAAUGGGUUUCCAUUGAAAAUAUUUUAACCUCAUUUUUUUGUACCUAAUCACAUGGCGUGUGGGUCUAUACCAGGCGUUGAGUGUUGGUAACUCUGAGUGUGAUGAAUAUGAGCAACUCUGUUUGACCCUCAUUACUUUUACUUUCCAUACUUUGCGCGAAGUUUCUAACCGCUAGUAGAAAACCGAAAGCCUUUUACAAACAAUACAAAGAGCAUUGCAUAUCCCUUUAUACACUUAUACAACAUCCUAAAACUACGCAAAUGGGCCAGCAAAUAUCUGAAUGCACUCAAACACCACUGGAUUUGCUGGGGUUGCAGCAAAUCAGAUGGAAGGGGAGCGCGGGCGCUUGCUACGAGGUUUGGAAGUGCUCCCCAUUCUGCGGAUCACCGGAUUUGAUAAAUGCACUCUGUUGUGUCAUCCAUUGGACUUGCCUAUCGUGGUGUUCGGCAUCCAAACUCUACGCCACCUCAUUGGACGAAAAAUGUGCAAUUUGCCCUCACUGUUGCUGUAUCCUGUGUUGUCCCGUGGGGCGUUUGUUCACACGGUACAAUCUCCGCAAGAAAUCCGGUACCGAGGGCAACAUGGUGGGCGACUGCAUUUGCGUCUGGUGCUGCUCCCCCUGCGCGUGCUGUCAGGAACUACGCAGCGUGAAUAUGAAUGGAUGGCGUAUCGUGGGGGACUUUGAAUUACCGGAUCUCUGCGCUCCUAAAAUCAAAAUCCUUGUCUAAAUGUAUACGUCUUUCUUUUGAGUAUAACAUAUAAUCGUUUUAUUUUUUCACAUUUAUCUAUACACACAACUUUAAUGUGAUUUUAUGGACUAUGGUGAGAACGAACUUCGAGAAUGGUAUGUGGAUGUAUCGAAUCACUACGUACACACUGCUGGCGGUCUUCCAGGCACGUUGCAGUGGAAAGCCUAUCACGUUUUGACAAUAGCCCGUUUCUGUAUGAUCAAUAAGCUCACUGAGUACGCAAGUGUGAAGGUAAUCCUAGGGUUAAAAGUAUCGCCAACUUCACACUUUGUUAGGCUUUACGAUUGUAUACACUUAGUCAAGUCAAUGAAAGCCCUGUUUUGCGACAGGUACUAAAAAAUUGAUACACCCUCCAUCAUCGCAGUUAUACAUGCAAAUUUUAUACACAUUAUACCCAAAUGCAUCGGCCUCCUUUUAGCCACGGUCCCAUUAUGUGUUUACAUAUAUCUAUAUAAUAUCAAUUCUAUUAUAUUCAUCUUAUUUAGCUUAUAUACUUUCCAUCCCCCAAGCGCGAGACAUUCAGGCACGGCUUUUAUUUAUAACUGUGAAAAAAGGUCGUGUAACUUUCCAAUGGGGAUAAAUAUAUUUUCUCUAAGUAAUCGUAAUGAGUAUUUUUUAUAGAUAUGGGGUAGAGUCCCCAAAAGCGAUUGUCGAGGGGAAGCCGAUACUUCUCCUGGUCCGGUACAUUCUAAAGAUGUCGGGAAUCUGGAAAAA